CUCAAUGGCGAACAGUUUUGGCGGGAACUCACGCGAUUCUGUGGCGGCUCUCGGGACCGCGAAGCUUGCCCAAAGGAGGCCUUCAUUCCGUAGACCACAGUAGCAGUGCACUCGGCGAGAGCUCGUUGCGUAGGUGAUACCGGCCGCCGCCGGCUGCGCUUGUGACCUAACCUUUCGCACCGGCCCGCGUUGCGGCAGCGACUUACCUGCUUUGUUUGAGUUAGGUGCGCGCGCGAGGUACAAUGCAACAUGCACCAUCGCGCUGCUGCUGGCGGCUGGCGCUGCUGCGCGCCGCCGCGGCGUCGUUGCUUCUGGCGCCGCUGCUGCUCCUGGCGCCGGUGACGCCUGUCUCCGGGACCUCGUUUGUCAAGGCCUGCGGUGCGCAGCUGUGUGUGGACGGCAAGCCGUGGUACUUCCAGGGAGCCAACGCCUACUGGCUCAUUGACUAUGUGCAGUUCGACCGGGGCAGUGUGGACAUUUUCUUUGACUGGGCAAACAAAUUCGGUCUCAAGGUCAUCCGGCUGUGGGCCUUCAACCACCGCAUGCCCUACCAGUGGGGCGGCUAUGAUGAGACGCAGUUCCGCGGCCUGGAUUACAUAGUGGACAGCGCCGGCCGCCACAACAUACGGCUCAUAGUGGCGCUGGGAAACACUUGGACUGCGUACCGCUCGCCGCAGGACUACAUGCGCAUGGCGGGUGUGGACCCAGCCGGCAAGGACCUCCUGGACUUCUACAGCUCGGAGCAUGUGCGGCACUUUUACCGCGACCACAUCUCCGCCAUCACGCAGCGAAACAACACCUACAACGCCCGGCGCUACAAGGACGACCCGACCAUCAUGAUGUACGACGCCAUGAACGAGCCCCGCUGUCCAGGCUGCGUGGACACGUCCUCCCAGGCUCAGGUGCGGGGCUUCCUGGCCGAGAUGACCUCGCACCUGAGGGCCGUGGCGCCCAGCCAGCUUGUGGCGCUGGGCACGGAGGGCUACUUCCUCAACAGCUACGAGGAGUGGAACUCGGGCGCGGGCGUGCGUUGCGAGGGCGAGGACUGGGCGGCCCUGGCGGGCACGAGCUCCAUCGACGUAACCGUGGUGCACGCCUACGAGCGACAGAUGGAGAGUGUGCCGCCCAAGUGGUACCAAUGCGACUUCGACUGCUAUGCCAACUUCCUAAUCCAGUACCUGUCCGUACACCAGCGCAUCGCGGCGGGCGCCAAGAAGCCGCUCAUCAUGGAGGAGUACGGCCUCAUCCUGCCUCAGUACACCGCGGAUCAGCGGGUGCAGCUGUUCCAGCUGGUAGCGGACAACCUGCGCUGGAUGAAGAGCACCGGCGGCGCCAUGGCCGGAGUCAUGUUCUGGAACGCGGCAGUGGGCAACGUGUGGGACGACGGGUACAACGUGUACCUCGACGGACCGGUGGUCAAACCCGUGCCCGUGCCGGCACCCACGCCGCCACCGCAGCCUCCCUCCGGCGUCACGCCCGCCGGGCCCGUACCCACCCCCGCGCCCGCGCCACCCGCCCCCGCGCCGCCGCCGGAGCCGUCACGCGCGCCCAUCGUUGCCAACACCGAGACCCUCACCGACUUCCUGCGGGGGCCGCAACGUGCCGCCUGCGCCGAGGCUGCGGCGAAAUGGUGGCUCCCCAUCUGGACAAAUAGCUGGGCCUACACAGUGGACACGACCGCUCUGGCCAAGCGCACGGCGACCUACACCGUGCUGAGCGUGCUUCGUGACACGUCCAACGCGCUGUACUACUGAAGUUGGAGAAGUUGAAGGGGGCUGGCGCGGCGCCCUGUUCUUGGACUGGCCACCUUUUUCCUCUCAGAGCUUGUAGGUAGAGUGCAAAAGGGGGGAAGUGCUGCUGAUGCAGCGCGUCAUGUCCUAGGCUCCACGGCGCUCUGCGGUAGUGUGUUCGCCUCCUUUACCAUGACAUGACAUGAGGACGCCGCGUCGGCCUGCCUGCCGUUGGGCAUUCAGGACCACAGUUGAUUUGAGGAGCGGUGGAGCCGUGGAGCCGGUUCGGAUUCAAGGUUUGGGCCAGGGACAGCCUGAGCUCAAGUGUGGGGGCAAGCCGGCGACGCCGCGACGCGUUGACAGGUUGAUUAAUGUAGAUGGCGCGGAGGCUUGGCCGCUUGGGGCGAGGAGCGCAUGUGCAUGCAGCGGGGCGCGGCCUUUGCGCGCGCACUGGAUCGGUCAUCGACGUGUUAGGAGGCCCAAACCAAGAGUUGAAGUGAAGGUCGUUGGUUGGGGGAGCUGUUGAUGUGUCAUCCACGUGCUCCGGUUGUGUUGGAACUGAGACUGCGUGUCCGAUGUAGGAC